AUGGACCAAGGUGACCUCGAGGACGGUUUCGAAGACUCAAACCACAGCAUCGACAAUGACAUUGACGCUAUGGAGGAGGAGGAUGAAGACGAUGAAGACGAUGAAGAGGAGGACGACGACGACGACAACGAUGAAGACGAGGAUGACGAUGACGCGGAGAGUCCCGAUAAUGAGGAGGUCGCCGAAGACUCUCAUGAAGAGGAGGAAGAAGAAGAGGAAGAGGAGGAGGAGGAAGAAGUCGAUUCGGCGAGGAGAGGAGGAGGGGAAGGCGAUGAAGGUUCCGACUCUGACUCGAAUUCAAUCGCCACCUCCGAUGCAAUGUCUGCUAAUGACGUUGAUACCUCAGAUCUCUCUGAAAACGAGUACGACCAGCGGUCAGACAUGCUUCAAAAGGAGGCAAAGAAGAUCGAGGAGUACUACCACCUGGUGCGAGAGGCGCACCGGUGUGAGAAGAUGCGCCUCUUCGACGAACUGCAGCUCGAUUUGGAGGAGGAGAGAGUGCACGAGUUCAAUCAGCCCCUCGAGGACUUGAACGAGAAGAAGGAGGAGAGGAUACACAUUGGCCAGGAGCUGCAAAAGUACCGCCAGCACUACGCCUACGUUCAACAUAACGCCAACACUGAAAUUUUAGACCAAAACUUGAACAACGAGAAGAGCAUUCUGAAGGACUCGAUCAAGGAGGAGAUCAACGAGAGCAUCCGCAAGCUGCACGAGGAAUUCAACUCGGCCGACAAGGAGGACUUUCUCUACGAGUCGACCUUCAACAGGCAGCGAAAUGGCGGCAGCGGAAGUCGCAAGCACUCACUCAGCUUGUACGAGGAGGUGUACGGCGUCGAGGGUGCCAAGCGGUUGCGGAAACCGGUCACCGUCAGCGGCCCCUACAUCGUCUACAUGCUCAAGGAGGAGGAGAUCUUGGAGGAUCUCAACUACAUUAGCACUUUUGUGCGGCCGAACAAGCCGUACCACCACCGCAGCUAUCUGCACAACUACUAG